CAUUUAGCGUUUCUCUUAAGCUUCUCUCUCUCUCUCUCAGAGAUCUCUGUAUGUUAUUUGCUGCGGAUUCAUUUUAAUGGUUUGCGAAUUGUGAGGAUUGAUGAUUCUCAUGAUCUAUGGAUAAUGCGAUUAGAUUUUGAUUUAUUCUGAUACGAUCAGUGUGGAUCUGUAAUCAUUUCUGAGUUCUUCUCGUCGUAAUUGUUUCUUGAGAGCUGAUUUCGUUACGAGAGAUCAUGCAGAUUUCAAUUUAGCCUUUUAAAAGGACAAGAUGGGGUUGAGUUUCGCGAAGCUGUUUAGCAGGCUCUUUGCAAAGAAGGAGAUGAGGAUUCUGAUGGUUGGUCUUGAUGCUGCUGGUAAGACCACCAUUCUCUACAAGCUCAAGCUCGGUGAGAUUGUCACCACCAUCCCCACUAUUGGUUUCAAUGUGGAAACUGUGGAGUACAAGAACAUCAGUUUCACUGUGUGGGAUGUCGGGGGUCAAGACAAGAUCCGUCCCUUGUGGAGGCACUACUUCCAGAACACUCAGGGUCUGAUCUUUGUCGUGGACAGCAACGACAGAGACAGAGUUGUUGAGGCUAGAGAUGAACUUCACAGGAUGCUCAAUGAGGAUGAGCUGCGUGAUGCUGUGUUGCUUGUGUUUGCUAACAAGCAAGAUCUUCCAAACGCGAUGAACGCCGCUGAAAUCACGGAUAAGCUUGGCCUUCACUCCCUGCGUCAGCGUCACUGGUACAUUCAGAGCACAUGCGCCACUUCAGGUGAAGGGCUGUACGAAGGUCUGGACUGGCUGUCCAACAACAUCGCUGGCAAGGCGUAAUGAAGUAAAACAGCAUCGCAUCGGGAUGAUUCUUCCUGCCGUAUGUUGGUAAAGUUUCUGGAUGCAAGAGAAAGAUUAUAAAUAUUAUUUGAACCUUUUUGCUACUGGCUAUUAUAUGAAUGUUCUGAUUGUGCAAGUAUAGAUGUGUACCUAAAAACCUUAUGAGCCCCUUUAAAUAGUUUUCGUGCAUUUUGAUUUGUUCAAACCUUGGAUUGAUGAUUGAAUGUUAUUGCUUUCUUGUUACAUUA